AUGUCCUCUGCUAUGGCCAAGCGUGAGGCUGGGAGCACCAGCCCUGUGGUGCGUCAGAUAGACAAGCAGUUUCUGGUCUGCAGCAUCUGUCUGGAUCAUUACCACAACCCUAAGGUCCUGCCCUGCCUGCACACCUUCUGUGAAAGUUGUCUCCAGAACUACAUUCCCCCAGAGUCGCUGACACUUUCGUGUCCAGUGUGUCGACAGACGUCCAUCCUGCCAGAGAAAGGAGUUUGUGCUCUACAGAACAAUUUCUUCAUCACUAAUCUCAUGGAGGUCCUUCAACGAGAACCAGAGUGUUCGCGACCCGAGGCCUGCAGUGUGUUGGAGUCAGUCAGUGCUGCAGCUGCAGGGAAGCCUCUCUGCUGCCCAAACCACGAGGGGAAGGUGAUGGAGUUCUACUGCGAGUCAUGUGAGACAGCCAUGUGUCUGGACUGCACAGAGGGCGAGCACCGGGAGCAUGUGACCGUUCCUCUACGGGAUGUCGUGGAACAGCACAAGGCUGCGCUGAAGACGCAGCUGGAUGCCAUACACAGCAGGCUCCCUCAGCUAACGGUAGCUAUUGAGCUGGUGAGUGAGAUUUCUCGGCAGCUGAAUGAAAGGAAGAAUGAGGCAGUAGCAGAGAUCAUCAGUACGUUUGAAGAGCUGGAACGGGCGCUGCAUCAGCGCAAGACGGCCCUCAUCACAGACCUGGAGAACAUCUGCAGCACUAAGCAAAAGGUUCUGCAGGCCCAGCUUUCUUCUCUCCUCCAGGGGAAGGAACACAUCCAGAGCAGCUGUAACUUUACAGAGCAGGCUCUCAGCCAUGGGAGUGCCACUGAGGUGCUGCUAGUUCAGAAGCAGAUGAGUGAGCGGGUGACAGCGCUGGCCAGACACGACUUCCCCGAGAAACCGCAUCAGAACGCACAUCUGGACUGUCAGGUGGAGACUGAAGGUCUCCGACGCUCCAUCCAGAACCUAGGUGUUCUCAUCACCACAGCAGCUGUUGCUCACACCUCAGUCGCCACAGGAGAAGGCCUCCGCCAUGCUGCGACCGGGCAGCACCACACUAUUACUGUGACAACAAAGGACAAAGAUGGCGAGUUGGUUCGGACAGGAAAUGCUGUUUUAAAAGCAGAGAUAACGUCUGUUGACGGGAACCGGGCUGCAGAGACGGAGAUAAUGGACAAUAAGAAUGGAACAUAUGAGGUGGGCUACACGUUACGCCACGAGGGAGAGUACUCCUUUGCUCUGCUGCUGUACGGACAGCCGAUACGUGGCAGUCCUUUCCGCCUGAGGGCCGUCAAGCCAUCAGAUGUUCCGCAAUCCCCAGAUGACGUGAAGCGGAGGGUCAAGUCCCCCAGUGGGACAGGAGGCCACAUACGGCAGAAAGCAGUGCGACGGCCCUCCAGCAUGUACAGCACCACCAAGAAAAAGGAGAAUCCCAUUGAGGAUGAACUCAUCUACAGAGUGGGUUCUCGGGGUAGAGAGAAAGGGGAGUUCACGAAUCUGCAAGGAAUCUCAGCCUCUAGUAACGGCAGAGUGGUGGUGGCUGACAGCAACAACCAGUGCAUACAGGUGUUCUCCAAUGACGGCCAGUUCAAGAUGCGCUUUGGGGUCAGAGGCCGGUCUCCUGGACAGCUGCAAAGACCAACCGGCGUCACUGUGGACAUGAACGGUGACAUUGUGGUGGCCGACUAUGACAAUCGAUGGGUCAGCAUUUUCUCCUCUGACGGCAAGUUUAAGAAUAAAAUUGGCGCAGGUCGACUCAUGGGUCCUAAAGGUGUUGCUGUGGAUAAGAACGGACACAUCAUCACUGUGGACAACAAGGCCUGCUGCGUCUUCAUCUUUCAAUCCAAUGGGAAGCUUGUGACUAAGUUUGGAGGCAGGGGGACGUCUGACAGACAGUUUGCAGAAAAACUUGGCCCAAACUUUAAUAAAUCUGGCUCAGUGUUCAGUCCACACUUUGUUGCAGUGAACAACAAGAACGAAAUCAUAGUGACCGAUUUUCACAAUCACUCUGUGAAGGUUUACAGUGCCGAUGGGGAGUUUCUCUUCAAAUUCGGCUCUCAUGGUGAAGGCAACGGCCAGUUUAAUGCUCCCACUGGUGUGGCUGUUGAUGCCAAUGGAAACAUCAUCGUAGCCGACUGGGGUAACAGCAGAAUACAGGUGUUUGACAGCACGGGCUCCUUCUUAUCCUACAUCAACACCUCGGCUGACCCGCUGUACGGCCCCCAGGGUCUUGCCCUCACUUCAGACGGACAUGUGGCUGUUGCAGACUCUGGCAAUCACUGCUUCAAGGUUUACAGAUACCUGCAGUAGACUGAGAAAGGACAUCACCGACUCCUGCUUAGAAAAACUAACGAUACUGCUUGUAGACAUAGAGCUGCAACGUGCCUGCACACUUUACAGAAGCCCCAUAUCCAAAAAUCAACUUCCUGUUCAACUUUUCUGUACAUACUUUAGAGGUUCUCAUAUCCACAGUUGAAGACGAAGAUGUGACAACAAAUAUGCAUAAGAAAAAUGACACAAAACCCAUAAAAUUUUGCAAUUAUACAUUUAAAACAAAGACAAAAUAGGCAGUUUGCUCCCAAAAAUAUUGCAAAAUUUGUUCCCUCAACAACUCAACAAUCAAAUUUAAUGAAAUAUAGAAUAAAAGGAAACUGUUACUCAGGAAUAAAUCAUCCUGCAAUUAGAUAUUUCUCUAUCUUAACUUUAUUGAGUGCUGUCAACCAAAUCCCCAGAGAACAAAAGAAAAAGAAAAAAAAACUGAGAAACCUCUGGCACAAGGCCUUUCAGCUCUAUUUCUCUAAGUGUAACUUCACCAGUAGACAGCCUGCCAGUCUUAAGUUGGUGACACACUGCAAUUUUUUUUGGGCAAUGCAGAUGGGCAACACAAAACCUACAACCAGCAAACAAAGCGAGACACGAGAAACUUAUGUUUCCGACCUGUUUCCUGAUGCUUUGAGAUUACAGUAACGAUGCUCAGGCUGAUCCUUGAACACUGUUGCAUGUCAGUGUAAUCCAAAAAAUCACCUUGUUGUCACUGCCUUACUAUGUUUUCUAUCUCGCAACACAACCUACAGGAAUGUGCUGUUUUAAAAAGGAGUUGUUCUUCUCAUUCUGCACCUUAUCACUCUGAGAUUAUUCUUUUCAGUCAUAAAGAAGAAGACUUGACCUAUAUGCAAGUUGUUUUGUUUUGGUACCCAAAGACGAGCAUCGCGAAGCACAAAACAUAGCAUGUGAACCAGCUCCACUUCAAGUCGGAACCCUUCUGGCUGGUCUUCUAAUAACCAAAACAGACUUCUUAUAUCUCACCCCACUAGUUCUUGCACUUUCGUCUAUUCAUACCUACGACCUACUGUAGUUGUAUAUAUUUAUUAGGUGUAUAUAAGGUUUUGGUGUCCAUGUUAUUUCACUAUAUAGCCUACUUAUUCCAGCACUUAAACGGAAUCAAGGUCAUGCCAAGUAGUAGCCAACAGAAUGACUGAAACAUCAAUGGAACAAAGUUGUAUACACAUUAUUUGCUGUAUCUUAUUUUUUCAAAAGGAUUUAAUUUAUUUUUAAUUUUUCUUUUCUACAUAAUUUGUUCUACAAAUUAUUUUUCUAAUUGGUGCAUUUGAACUGUCUCCUCUUUGCCAAACAUCGUUGUACAUUGUAGCACUGACAGCUGUUGUCUGCUUUGCCUCUUUCCCCCUGACGAGCUGACAUCCAGUAACUUUUACCCUUCCGCCAAAACAUAUCGUCGUAAGUUGUUGUUGAACAUUGCACAAAAUACAAAUAUUAUAAGAGUUAUAUAGUUUGCAAGAGUAAUAUAUGCCUCUAUGUAUAGUUCAUAUAACAUAAUCAGAAAGUGUACUGUAUAUUACAAUCAUAUUCUUGUUGUAGCUGACAAGCACCUUUUAUCAUGGAUUUUUCCAGUAUUCAUUUGCUCUGUAGUUCAGUGUUUUGGAUUUCAUCCUAGAGGAAACACAACACCAGCUAAUACACAGUGACAGAAUUUUUCUUUUCCACCUGAGUUUUUUUUUAUGAAAACUGUCCCCAGUAAUUGAUCCCUGAUUCAUUCUGUCUUUCCAUUUUCCACUUAUUUACAGAUUAAAUUAUCUCCCCUCCUCCGUUUUAUUGGA